AUGUUUUUUCGAGUAACGUCUGGAUUAAUCGACACCAAAAUUGCUGUGAUUUUCAUCAUCGGUUUCGCAUCAGGAACGCCUCACUUGCAUAAAAAAUUGAUCUUAUCAUCUGGAGGUGAUGGUGGUCUUGGAGGAAGUGGAAGUUUUUCUCUCGGAGGGGGCGGAUUAGGACUGAGCUUUGGCGGUGGACUUUCCGGUAGUCACGGAGGAGGCGGUGGUGGCGGAGGUAACGGUGGAUAUUCCGGUUCGGGUGGCUAUUCGGGACCAUCUUUUGUUGGUGGAGACUUUGGCGGAAAUUCCGGAGGAGGUUAUUCACCCUCAUUCGGUCAUGGGCAGGGUGGAUAUCAACCAUCGCCAGUUUUGAGUGGACCCGGUGGUUCCAGCGGGGGUCAUUCUGGCGGUUCUUCGAACAGUUUUGCAAGCGCUAGUGCAAAUAGUUUCGCUAGCGCAAGCUCUGGUGCACAGGGAGGUGGUGGAGGCCUUGUAAGUUCUGGACCUUCAGGUGGCUUCACUGGUUCCAAUGGUGGUGGUGGCUUUGGACAUGGAGGAAGCGGAAGCCAUGGUGCCGGAUCUUCGGGAGGGCAUGGUUCUGUCGGUUUCACCGGAAGUGGGAGCCAUGGUUCCGGAUCUUCGGGAGGGCAUGGAUCUGCCGGUUUCACCGGUUCCAGCGGCGGUGGAGGCUUUGGACAUGGAGGAAGUGGGAGCCAUGGCUCCGGAUCUUUAGGAGGAUCUAUCGGCGGCCAUGGAGGUGAGUUUACUAAUGAGAUGACCAUUAACAAACACGUUGAUCAUCCAGUUCAUUCAGUUCCAGUUGUUGUGGAAAAGCCAGUUCCUGUGCCAGUUGACAGACCAUAUCCAGUUUAUAUUGAGAAGCAAGUACCAGUAACGGUCGUGAAAGAAGUUCCCGUCGAUAGACCGGUUGCUGUCCCAGUACCUGUAGGUACCGGUGGUGGAUCUAGCGGUGGUUCAAGUGGUGGAUCCUUUGCAGGAAGUUAUGCUUCCGCAUAUGCAGGAGCGAGCAGUCAGGCUUCAGGUGGCGGCUCCACUGGGUUCAAUGGAGCAGGACAAGGCGGUUAUGGUGCUGGCGGAAAUGGCGGAGGUCAUGGUGGUGGCGGAUACGGUGGAGGCGGGUAUGGUGGAGGUGGAUAUGGCUCCGGUGGACAAGGUGGAGGUUAUGGUAGUGGUGGUGGUGGUGGUGGACUGCACAAAACUAUCACUAUCGAAAAAACGUUCAACAAGCACAAACAUCAUCACCAUCAUGGCUGGUAA